AUGGAUCCCAGAGCCUGGGCUAAAGACCUGACCGGCUACUUUCUCUUCGUUCUCUUCACCGCCACGCUGGGCCCGCUGCUCUUUGGCUUCCAUCUGGCCGAGCUCAACGCCCCCGAGGACGUCAUCAGGUGCAAGAAGCCCGUCGAUGCCUCCGCCGCCCCCAAGCUGCCCCAAUGUAUGCCCAUGGACCCCGCACAAUGGGGGCUCGUCAGCUCCAUCUUCACUCUUGGCGGCCUUAUCGGUGCUCUAUCCGCCGGCCCCGUGGCGUCCAAGUACGGACGCCUAAGAUGCAUGCAUCUCACUACCAUCUUCUUCGUGAUUGGUCCUGUGUUUGAAGCCCUUUCCCCCAGUUCUAGCGUCCUCGCGCUUGGCCGCUUUAUUUCAGGCAUAGGUGCAGGCGCUUCCGUCGUGGUAGUACCCAUCUAUAUCUCGGAGAUCGCGCCGCCCGCUGAGCGGGGUUUCUUUGGUGCUUUUACGCAGAUCACGUGCAACUGUGGCAUCCUUUUGACCCAACUUCUUGGAUACUUCUUUAGUCAUGAUUCCAUGUGGAGACUCAUUCUUGCAGUUGGCGGUGUUGUUGGUAUCGUUCAGGCUGUCGGUCUAGUUCUUGGUGUUGAAAGCCCGAAAUGGCUGGCAGACCAAGGCCAUCCAUCUGCAGCCAAGAAGAAUCUUCGCAAGAUUAGGGGAUCUGACGCCAACAUCACCGAGGAGAUCAGCGGAUGGGGCGUCGACAACGUUGACCAGAUGAGUGACGAGGAGGAAACUCUGCUUCACAGUGAUGAUCGUGCGUCUCUUCAUAGCGGCGCGUCCAAGGACAAGAAUUCCAGAGAGAGCCUUAGCAUGUUCCAAGUUCUCAGACACCCAGACACGAAGAAAGCUACCUUUGCAGUCAUGGUCGUCAUGGUCGCACAGCAAUUCUCAGGCAUCAACACCAUCAUAAUGUAUGGUGUUUCUCUCCUUUCCACCCUCCUCUCCGCCAAUAGUGCCCUCCUCAACCUUUUUGUCUCGGCUGUCAACAUCGUUGUCACCACCGGUUGCGCCCCGCUCAUCGAGCGCCUCGGCCGCAAAACCUGCCUCAUCAGCUCCAUCGCUGGUAUGGGAACCUCGGCACUCCUUAUCGGAAUCUCCAUCAUUCGCGUUAUCCCAAUCCUUUCCGCCAUUGCCGUCGUCACCUUCGUUGCCUCUUUCGCCCUGGGACUCGGCCCUGUCCCUUUCAUCCUCGCGUCCGAACUUGUGGGCCCCGAGGCUGUUGGUGCCACUCAGAGCUGGGCGCUUGCUGCAAAUUGGAUCGCGACGUUCAUCGUGGCACAGUUCUUCCCCAUGCUGAAGGCUAAGAUGGGUGGUUAUGUGUUCUUCAUUUUCACGGCGCUGGCGGUUGGCUUUGGUGCGUUCGUCGCUCUUGUGGUGCCCGAGACGAAGGGAAAGAAGGAUGCGGAUGAGGUUCCCUCGCCUUUGAUGGACUACAAACCGCUCUGUUCGGAUGGCAGCGACAUUCGGGUGCUGCAGAUCAUCCCAGAUACCAAACCCGCUCAUGGCAUGGUACACUGCCGACUCAAGCACAUUCAGUUCAAGAAAUCAACUUCCAAAGCAGGAGAGCCCAGAGCACGCCAUGGUCAGUGGAUUCCAUCCGAGCAACCAGGGGUCAUCGAGCUCGAUCCCAAACGCACCGGGGCUGCUGCGACAGACAGUCUCUGGGACCCGAGCAAAGUUCCAGAUGAACCAGCCACUGCGAGCUCAAAAAUCGACUUGAACGCGGAUGAGAUCUGGCAGCGGGGUCCCGAACACGUCCUGGUCGAAGACGGAGACUUCGCCGCGCUGUCGUACGUGUGGGGCGACCCGUCCAAGACCAAAGACAUCUCCGUCGACGGCAACAUCGUGCAGGUUACGGAAAACCUCGAGGCGGCGCUGCGCCAGCUCCGCGGACGUUUGCCGUGGGUCCGAAAGCAGGAGAAGGACGACGACGACGACGAGGGGGGAGAAAAGGAGAGCAUCGGCAUAUGGGUAGACGCGCUCUGCAUCAACCAGAACGACCUCGCGGAGCGCUCGAGGGAGGUCGCGCGGAUGCGCGACAUCUACGCCUCGGCCUGGGAGGUCGUCACAUGGCUGGGCCAGGCGUCUGCGGACAGCGACCUCGCCAUGGUGGCCGUCGAGUGGCUCAGCAGCUGCGUGGAAUCCGGGCGGGGCCUGGAAGGCUUCUACCGCGAGACGCGGACGGUGGACAUGCGUCCGCUAUUCAUAAAAUGGUCCAGGCAAAUCAGUCCGAUGCGCAAGCAGGCUUACAGGGCGCUGUACGAUCUGUUUGCGAGACCGUACUGGCGGCGGCUGUGGAUUCUUCAGGAGAUCGCGCUGGCAUCUCCCUCGUCGCCCGUCAUUUGCGGCUCUAGGGGCGUUACGUGGCGGCAUGUUUUUCGCGCGGCGGCGCUUAUCCAGGCGGAUGAGUGUAGAUUGGGUUGGGAUGUUUUGGAGGCUGCGGGCUCGAAGUUUGGAGGAUUCGACUGGGACUUCACCGCGGAUCGAUUGCCAUCAGGCCAUACUGACACUUUGUCCUCUGAGAAGCUAUGGAAACUGUUGUUGGAGAUCGAAAUUCUGCAGGGGAUUCAGCAUAGCAGCUCCCCGAUCGAGACCCCAAAUGUCCUGCGGACCCUCAGCUUGAGCCGGGAUGCUCAGGCCACGAACGAGAAGGACAAAGUGUAUGGGUUCGCACGAGACGCUCUCGAAGAUGAUGCCAGCCAAAUGGAAAUCCGGAUUGCUGGGGCCAAGCGCGGGGCACGUUGA